UGUCUCAGCACAUCCAUCUGUCUGUCUCUCCAUCUGUCUGACUGCAGUGAUUAUUCCCCCUUUAAGCGGCCACUCACAGAGAAAGGCCAUGGUUGUACCUCCCUUCUCCGCCCCCCUCCCUCUCCUAGUGGCUCUGCUUCAGCUUGCAGUACUACCUCUUGUCCACACGGGGGCGUACUACAGACACAAGCAGCACCCGCAGCAGCAUCAGCCCACGUCACACCUGUCCCACAUGGGCAUAGGGGGUAAGGAGCAGCACCCUCAGCAGCAUUGGCCAGGAAAAGAGAUGCCCCACCUGCAGUACCCCCAGUACAGAAAAGAGAUCCCACAGAUGUCCAUGCACAUGGGCAAGACAAACCCCCACAAGGGUGGAGUAGUCAACAGUGGACAGGAUAAAGGUCAAACCAUCCCCAGUGGGGCAGUGGGAGGUCUCCCUGGGGGUCUGCCAGGAGCGCAGGGCCCAGCUGGGCCUCCCGGACCUGAGGGUCCCUCUGGGCCUCCAGGACCUCCCGGGGAAGGACAGCCAGGAGGGGAAGGAAAACCAGGCCACGCUGGUCCCCCAGGAUUCCCUGGAGUAGGAAAACCAGGACUCCCAGGAAUUCCAGGCAAGCCAGGCAGCAUGGGAGAGCCAGGAAUAACUGGAGAAUUGGGCCCCAGCGGGAGGGAGGGUCCGAUGGGGCAGCCAGGGCCUCAGGGGUCCCCUGGUCCUUCAGGACUUCCAGGGAUAGGAAAACUAGGGGCUGGGGGGUUGCCAGGACAACCAGGAUCCAGAGGAGAGCCAGGACACAAAGGCCUGCCGGGACUACCAGGAUUACCAGGACCCAAGGGUGACAAGGGGAUUGGACAGCCAGGACAGCCAGGACACAAAGGACUAGUAGGACCUCCUGGACCUCCAGGACAGGGAGGGAUGCCUGGUGUGGGCAAGCCUGGAAUGAAUGGCAUGUCAGGGCCACCAGGAGGACCAGGGAAACCAGGCCUCCCUGGAGAGCAGGGGCUGGCUGGACCAGCAGGAGAGGGCGGAGAGCCCGGUCCACCAGGGCUGCCAGGUCAGGGAAAACCUGGCCAGAAUGGUCUGCCGGGACAACCAGGAAUGCCCGGUGGGAAAGGGCACCCAGGCCCUCCAGGUUUUCCAGGGAAGCCUGGAUUGCCUGGAUUCGGAAAACCAGGAUUCCCAGGACCCAAAGGAGAUAAGGGGAUGGGUGGGAUGCCUGGAGGCCCAGGACCAAAGGGAGACAAGGGCCAUGGAGGACUGCCUGGUAUGCUAGGACAGCCUGGAUCAAUUGGACCAGCUGGUCCCCUUGGCCCUAUCGGACCCCCUGGAGGUCUGGGUCAACCAGGGCCAAAAGGCGAGGCUGGAGAAGGAGGUCAUAAGGGGUUGCCUGGUGGGCAAGGGGAGCCUGGUCCUACUGGACUGACUGGUCAGAAUGGCUUCCCUGGAGAGGGAGGAGAGCCUGGGCCAAGGGGUCCCACUGGGCCUGUAGGACCCCAAGGGGAAGGCGGUCACAAAGGGUUACCAGGCGCCCCUGGCAUUCCAGGCCUACCUGGGCCAAAGGGAGAGGGAGGACUUCCAGGCGAGAAGGGUCCCCAAGGUCCUAAGGGCAUUCCAGGUCUGGGAGGUGCAGGUGGGCCGAUCGGACCUCCUGGUGCUCCUGGGUCUAAAGGUGACAGCGGACCUCAUGGUCUUCCCGGCGUUGAUGGUACGGGAAACCCAGGUGUCCCUGGUCCUCUUGGACCUCCAGGUAAAGAAGGUCCUGGAGGACCACCGGGAAGCCCAGGCCAGCCAGGUCCACCUGGUCCCCCAGGGCCUCCCGGACCCACUGACAUGGGAGCAGUCCUCCCUGAGAUGGGUUUUCCUCCUGGGUUGGACGGAGUCAAGACUGCCGGUUAUGGCAAGAAGGGAAAAUAUGGAGGAAACGGAGGAGAAGUGAUGGGCCCCAACGGCCUGGAGAUGCCCGCGUUCACGGCUCUGGUGACCACGCCCUUCCCACCUGUGGACACGGCUGUGGUGUUUGACAAAAUCCUGUACAACGGCCGUCAGAACUACAACCCCCAGACAGGCGUGUUCACCUGCGACAUGCCCGGGAUCUACUACUUUGCCUACCACAUCAGCUGCAAAGGGGCCAACGUGUGGGUGGCGCUGAUGAGGAACGAUGAGCCUGUGAUGUACACAUAUGAUGAGUAUAAAAAGGGCUUCCUGGAUCAGGCAUCGGGGAGCGCAGUGUUACCUCUACAACCCGGGGACACUGUGUACCUCCAGCUACCCUCGGACCAGGCCGCAGGACUAUACGCUGGCCAAUACGUCCACUCCUCCUUCUCUGGGUACUUGUUGUACCCCAUGUAAGAACACCAACCUUCAGAGAGGAAGAGAUGGUCACAAAGAGAGAGAAUGUUGGAGAAAUGUAAACAUUGAUUAUAGAAUUCUUUAACUUGAUAUGUUGUUUUAAAAACAUCAAUUAUCUGCUGGGAUUGACGCUGUUGAGAUCGACAGUGACGGGAGGACAUGUCGGACCAUCCCAGGGAAAUUCGGAGAGAGGAGUGUGGUUGUGUGAGGGUACAUAUAUGCAGUUUUUAAUAACAAUUUAUGUUGGGGUACAAGAUUGCUGUAUCUAUCUACUGGUCUGAGAAGUUGUCACAACAACACUGCAUUAAAAUAUUCCAUUACAGCAACUGGGUUCAUUUAUUGUAAAAUGUGGUGAUAUAUAUUGGUUUGAUUUAUAGUACAGCACAGACUGAUGUGGAGACUGUAGAAGAAAGAAUGGGAUAUCUGAGGUAUAUAUUUAGUAUUGUGUUUUCCCCAGCCCCUACAUGUUCCCAUUCAAACUGGCAGCUGACAUAAACAAAACUGUGGCAAAGAAUGUAAAUUGGAUAACUUUAAAAAGAAAACUAAAGAAAAUAAAUUGAAUAGCAAUAUUG